AUGCAAACGAAAAGAAGGAAGGGCGGCGCCAAAGAUAGAGCCAUAUCCCAUGGAAGCGUUUUGAAAAAGAAUGCAGUAGCCACAAUGAAGCAGUCACGAACAAAUGUAAGACACAUUGAUAAGUUAAAAAUAUUGAAAGAAAUAAAUAAUGAAGGAAGGAAAAACAUCCUUAUGGAGGAUAUAGAAAAGGUUAAGGAGAUAGCAAGUUUUUUAAAAAAAACAUCGGAUAAAAACUCCUUGAAGGAGAAAAAAAACAACGAGGACAGAAGUCGGAGCACUGUACUCAAGCAUAAUGAGCCAAACAUAAAUAGAACCUUGACAGAAAAGGAAAAAAAGGAGCAUAGCCAUGGUCGUGGUCCCACUAAGGAGGAUACGCACCCGAGAGGAAGAACUAGUAAUAAACAAGUAACACACAAUAGGAGCAGAAGAACAAACGAAAGAAAAACACUCUCCACAGGGGACUUGGUCUUACAGGACGACAUGAGGGAGGAAGAAAGUUUAUCCACCUUGCUCCAAGGAUUAAGUAAAAAACGAGGAGGAAGUAGUGAAGAAGGAGCAAGUAACGCGGAAGGAGCAAAUAGCGUAGAAGAAGUAAGUAGCGCAGAAGAAGUAAGUAACAAUGAAAACAGACACGCCAGUAGGGGAAGUACGCGAAGAAGAAGAGGCGCUCCAAGCAGUCGCGGAAGGAACAACAAAAGUCACUCUUUGGAUAAAAUGGGUGAAGUUCAAAAGGGUGUAAAAAGUGACAAUAGUGCGAAAGGUGCGAAAAUUGGUAAAAGUGAGAAAAACGUGAGGAAGGAAGAAAAAGUGAAAAAAGGAAAUAUGACACACGUAAAAGAACACCAUGGAAACCGUAAGAGUAAAAAUAAAAAAGACCACAUAGUAAUUGACGAUAAUAACAUUUACAUUGUGAUAGACGACCUAAAUGAACAACUAAACGACAAAAAUGCAAUAAUAAACAAACUGAAUAUCACGAAUGACACGUAUAAUUUUUUAAUGAAUAAAAAAAAGGAAAUGAGAGGAGGGAAACGGACAAACGCCCAUUAUUCUUUCAUGGGAGAUUCUCACCCUGUUAGGGACCAAGGGGUAAAAGUGGACUCACUCGAGGGGAUAGACAUUGAUGCGGAUGAAGAGGAUGCGUUCUACGGUGAAGGGGAUGACGAAGAAGAAGAGAUUCUGGACGAUGAUAAUUAUGAAAGUUAUAAUGAUGAAAAUAGUGAUGAUGAAGAAGAUGAGGAGGAGGAGGAGGAGCAGGACGACGACGACGAUGGGGACGAGUACGACUUCGAUAACAAGAGCGUAUCGAUAAGGGGCAUUGGGGAGGACUCCACGAAUGAUGAGCUGGAAGAUUUAGAGUUUAGCGAAAUUUACGAAUCUCAUAAAACCAAAACAGGAUAUUUGCACACCUUCGAGGGAGCGAUGCCCGAGGGUGAGCAGGCGAGGGCAAGUUGUCCAGUCGAGAUAUCCAAGAAGGAGAAAAAGAGGGACCAGGUCGAAGGGGGGAACCGAAAGGAGCAAAUAGGGAACAAAACGAAACGGACGAACUUAAUGAAAGAUGAAAGCCUAGACAAAGGUGGGAAGAAAGACGAGGCGAACCUAACCGAACUGAGGGGAAUCAAACCUCUCUCCCCAGAGAACGCUGAGGGAGAUGUCCAUUUAGUGAAGAAAGGCAACGUCAAAAUGAACGAUCAGGGCGUUAGGAAAUCUAAGGAAGAGGCUAACCCUAAUUCAGUUGGUGGAAAAAGGAGAAACCGUAGUACAAUGGAGUUGAAGGAUGUGCGCCCACAAUGGGAAGAAGCACAGAAGAAAAAAUCAGGGGAUGCAGUGAAAGGAGGAAAAGAGAACAAAUUGGAUCAAGGAGAGGAACAAUGGAACGAAGAAUCAGUAAUACCCAUAAUACCACUAGUGCCUGUUCUUCCAGUAGAGGCGGCAGGGCUAGAAAAAUUACUUAAUAUGCAGGAAAUAUACAAUAUAGAGGAGCUGGAGGAGGAGUCGGAAUUGGAGCAGGAGGAACAAGGAGCAGAAAAAAGAAAAAGGAGAAAAAAAAUGGACCAUAGGGGAAAACGAGAAAAGAUAAAAAUGAACAGCCAAAAGGGAAGAAGGAACCACAAAAGCGACGAACUGGACAGACUAUACAAGCAGAUUAAUAAAAAGGAUACGAACAUUGAUGGAAAGGUUGAUAGGAACGUUGAGGACGAGAUGAUAGAGGAAGAAGAAGAAGAUACAAAGGACGGAGAUUCAAACGAAGAAGACGAAUUUAAUUCCUCACAUUACAGUAAAAUAGAAAAGUUAUUAUCCAUUUCGAAGGAUAUUUCUAAAUAUAAUAUGACCAUUGACAUUACGGAUGAGGAACAAGAGGAAAAACUCUCCAACGUAAGUUAUACCUUCAAAGGAAGGGGGGAGAAUUUAGAUAAGGAAGAUAAGAACAGAAGUAAGGAAAAGGUAGUACUACUUCCAUUGCAGAUGGAAUGUCUACAAGGGAGUUCGAUUGACAAGGGAGAAAUUAAAAAGACCAAGUUGAAAAACAUUAAAAGGAGAGGCAAUACGGAAAAUAGGAAAGAAGAAAAGAAGGCAAAGAUGAAGAGAAAAUAUAGCAAGGAGGGCAUGGACGGUAAUUUAAAAAGGGUUCAAGAGGGUAGCUAUAAAAAUGCCGAUCAGAAGGAACUCACAGAAAGGAAGGAAGGAGAUAAGCUGAGCGGUGCCUACCAUCCGGGAGGUGAACUCUCCAAGGGUAUGGAUACACUAAAGAGUAAAAGGAAAAAUGCCCAGGAGGGUAAGGAAGAAAAUGUAAACAAAAGGUUAAAGAAAGACGAAUGCGUGGGCGGUGUGAAUUCCACGGUAAAGGAGAAAACCCCCCCUGUGGUACCAAUCUUGGAGGAGAGUCCAGUAGUGGAAGAAUCAGUGAGUGAGAGCGCGUCAACGAGCGAACAGAAAGAUGCUAACGAAGAAUCGCUGAUUGUUGCAGAAAAGGGGGGAAAUAAGGAGGAACAGGAGGAGAAUCCACAAGCCGGGGAGGUGCAGUCAGACCAGAUAGAGGAUAUAAACAAAGAGGUGUCGGAGGAACCUUUUACAGACAUGGUGGCAGAAGACGCCGAAGUGAAUGUUGUGCUGAAAGAACUUAUAGAAGAGGGAACCGCAGCGAGGGAAGAGGAGGCGGUUAGAGUGGAGGAAAUCAGGGGUGAAGAGGAAGUUUCUAUUGAAAUUGACGAAAAGGGGGAGAGCCUUGCGAAGGAGGACAAGGAAGACGAUCAGAUCGGGGACAAGGAACAGGACGCAGAAGAAGUUGUAGUUGAACUGAAAGAAAUAGAAGCGCCCGAAGAGGUGAAGGAGGAGGGAGAAGACAAGGUGGACAAGGUGGACCAGAUGGACGAGGUGGACAAGGUGGACCAGGUGGACCAGGUGGACCAGGGAAAGGGAGCGCAUGGAGGAGUGAUAGAGGAGAACCAUGUAUCGGUGCCAACCCAAUCGAAGAGCUUGGCCCAAGGAAAAAAAAACAAAGGCACGCAGAAAAUAAAAAGAAAGAAAAAAAAAAUAUUCAUCCCAGAGUUUGAAAAUGACAUGCUAUUGAAGCUCGAAAAGAAGGUUACCGGAAAACUGAGUCGCAGUGAGGAGGUAAAGGAAAAAGUGACGGAAGAAGUGAAUGAAAGGAAGGAAGAAAAAGAAGAAGAGAAAGAAAAAGAAGUGGAAGAAGUAAAGGAAGAAGUGAAUGAAGAAGUGGAUGAGAAAGUGGAUGUAGUGGAUGAGAAAGUCGAUGUAGUGGAUGAGGAGGUGACGGAAGAAGUGAAUGAAAGGAAGGAAGAGAUAAAGGAAGAAAAAGAAGAAGUGAAUGAGGAUGUAAAUGUAGUGGCUGAGGAUGUGACAGAAGAGGUGGUUGAGGUGAAAGAAGAAGUAAAGGAGGAAGUAACAGAGGGCGUAAAGGAUGAUGUAAUGCAUGAUGUUAAGGAGGAUGUAAAGGAGGAAGUAAAGGCAGCAGUAGAAGAGGACGAAAAGGAAGGAGAGGAUAAAAAAGUGCUUGAGGUGGUGAAUGAAGAAGUGAAUGAUGAGGUGAAUGAAAAAGUGGUUGAAGAGGUGAAUGAAGAAGUGUUUGAAGAAGUGAAUGAAGAAGUGGUUGAAGAGGUGAAUGAAAAAGUGGUUGAGGAGGUGAAUGAAGAAGUGGUUGAAGAGGUGAAUGAAGAAGUGUUUGAAGAAGUGAAUGAAAAAGUGGUUGAAGAGGUGAAUGAAGAAGUGGUUGAAGAAGUGAAUGAAGAAGUGGUUGAAGAGGUGAAUGAAAAAGUGAAUGAGGAGGUGAAUGAAGAAGUGGUUGAAGAGGUGAAUGAAAAAGUGAAUGAGGAGGUGAAUGAAGAAGUGGUUGAAGAGGUGAAUGAAAAAGUGGUUGAAGAGGUGAAUGAAAAAGUGAAUGAGGAGGUGAAUGAAGAAGUGGUUGAAGAGAUGAAUGAAGAGGAUGUCCCUGCCAUAGAGGGGGUGUGCAACAAUGAGGAGAGUGGCCCCCAGGAGAAGGAGGAUAUGAGUGAGUUGAGAAGAAGUGCGAAUGAAAUUCUUGUUGAAGAUAGGAGCGAGGAGUAUCAAGUACCUGACCAUGGUAGCAAUGAUAACGAAUCGACAAACUCCGACUUCACAGAUUUGAAUGUGUCAUCGAGGAAGGUAUCUUGUGAAAAUGAACAGGGUUGCCAACUGGACAAGGAGAGCUCGCUGAAAACGUUGGAAGAAUUAAGAACCAAGCAACGCUUAGAAAUGGAGACGGAAGAAUGUGAUGAGAGCUUUUACAUCCAGGUAGAAAAUGGUGCAUGA